CCCAGGCCAGCAGGCUGACCCCGGACCCACGUCACCCUGGGCUGCCCGUGGCAGCCACACCAGCCCCUCCCGGCGGCCCUGAGGUCAGGGAAGGGAGUGCCUUGUCCAUGGUCUCUGUCCCUGACCCAGCUCCAAAACCCCCCAUGGUCCAGGCUCCACUAAGGCGGACCCAGGGGGCCCUGGCUGGUCACUCCGCCCUCCCUCUCUUGGGGCUCAGGCCCAGCCACGUGGUCGCUGGGUGGGCACAUUUCCCACAGAGGGUGGGCAAGAGCAGCGCCCAGACUGACCUGGCCCAGGAGGUGGAACAGGUGGGGCUGCCAGGCCCUCUAGGGUUGGGCCCAGGUGCUUAGGGAAGUGGGCAGCUCAUUGGCUGGGGGUGUGGGUGGCUGUCAGAAUUGGCCCUGCCCUUCCACACCUCCCAGCCCCGGUGUUCAGAGCAGCCGGGCGACAGGCAGGGGAGGCCAGGUGGCUGGGUCCUUCCACGUUAGACACCAUGGUGUCCCGGGGCCGGGCCCGCCUGGGCCCCCAGUAUGUGGGCCUCUGGGACUUCACGGCCCGGACAAACCAGGAGCUAAGCUUCCGGGCAGGCGACCUCUUCCACGUGUCCCGGAAGGAGGAGGAGUGGUGGUGGGCCACGCUGCUGGACGCAGAGGGCGGGGCCCUGGCUGAAGGCUACGUGCCCCACAACUACCUGGCCGAGAGGGAGACGGUGGAGUCUGAGCCGUGGUUCUUCGGCUGCAUCUCCCGCUUGGAAGCCUUGCACCGACUGCAGGCAGACGGCACGGAGCCAGGGGCCUUCCUGAUCAGGGUCAGCGAGAAGCCGGGCGCCGACUAUGUCCUCUCAGUGCGGGACAGGCAGGCCGUGCGGCACUACAGGAUCUGGAGGUGUGCUGGCCGGCUGCACCUCAGCGAAGCCGUGUCCUUCCCCAGCCUGGCCCAGCUCGUGGGCCACCACCAGGCACACAGCCUGUCCAAAGGCCUGCGGCUGACUGUGCCCUGCUGGAAGCACGAGCGGGAGCCCCUGCCCCUCUGUGCCGACUGGGAGCGGCCCCGGGAGGAGUUCACGCUCUGCAGGAAGCUGGGGGCCGGCUACUUCGGGGAGGUCUUCGAGGGGCUCUGGAAAGGCCAGGUCCGUGUGGCCAUUAAGGUGAUUGCCCGAGACGACCUCCUACACCAGCACACGUUCCAGUCGGAGAUCCAGGCCAUGAAGAAGCUUCGGCACAAGCACAUCCUGGCGCUGUAUGCGGUGGCGUCCGUGGGGGACCCCGUGUACAUCAUCACAGAGCUCAUGGCAAAGGGGAGCCUGCUGGAGCUCCUGCGGGAGUCUGAUGAGAAAGCCCUGCCUGUCUUGGAGCUGGUGGACAUUGCCUCCCAGGUGGCCGAAGGCAUGUGCUACCUGGAGUCGCAGAAUUAUAUCCACCGGGACCUGGCUGCCAGGAACAUCCUCGUGGGAGAGAACAACAUUUGCAAAGUGGGGGAUUUCGGGCUGGCCAGGCUCAUCAAGGAGGACAUCUACCUUUCCUACGACCGCAAAAUCCCCUACAAGUGGACCGCCCCAGAGGCGCUCUCCCGAGGGCACUACUCCAUCAAAUCCGACGUCUGGUCCUUCGGGGUUCUCCUCCAUGAGAUUUUCAGCAGGGGCCAGACGCCCUAUCCAGGCAUGUCCAACCACGAGGCCUUCAUGAGAGUGGACUCUGGCUACCGCAUGCCCUGUCCCCCCGAGUGCCCGCCCAGCGCCCACAGGCUGAUGCUCGCGUGCUGGCACCGGAGCCCUGAGCGGAGGCCCUGCUUCCGAGCCCUGCGGGAGCAGCUCUGCAGCUUCACCAGCUACGAGAACCCAACCUGAGUGCCGAGUGUGGUCCUCCCCACCCACUGCCUGGAGGGGGGCAAAGGCACGACAGCGCCUAGAUCCAGACUGUAUACUCGGGGCAGGAAGCUGCGUCAGCCAGCAGGGCGCCCUGCCCUGGGCAGAGAUGCUCUGCGGCCUGGAGCCGAGACUGCCUCUUCUGAGACACCAGCACCAGAAACAUGCCAGGCCCUCCCACCUGCCUCGACGUGGAGCCGUGCAGGAGUGGGGAGCGGAGCUGUGCCUGGCACUGACCCAGUCCAUCAGCCGUCAGGACCAGUGCUUGGCCCUCCAGCCAGUACAUGGUGGAAACCUGGGUCCUGGCUGUGCCCUCCUUUUGCCAUCUGGCCCCUGCCUGCCCCGACUCGAGGCUGGGAAGACACCCCAGCACUCAAACAGGCUCUGCUGGUGGUUGGGCGCUGUCACCUACCAUCCCAGGAUCAGGUGGCUGCCCCAGUCUCCCUGCCAUUGUUCUCAGGAGCUGCCUCCGAAGGCUCUGGGGCCUGGUCUGGACACUAUGGCCAGAAAGAUGGGGUGGGGCACUUGCCCAUCCAGCUCUGGGACCACAGGAGAGCCUGGGUAAGCCCCCCCAGUGGCCUUGGAAUAGACUCAUGCAGCUAUCUAUAGCACAGGGUGGGAGGGGAGGGGGCGGGAGAGGAGGGCUCCCUCAGCAGCCAGCUGAGUCCCACCUCACACCAUGCCCCCACCCACUAAGCUGCCCUCUCCUGGCCAACAGAUGUGGUCAUUCUGUUGGCCACUGAGACCUGUGGACACCAGGCAGGCAGACAGAUUGCACAACCACCCUUCCCAGCUCCCUGAGCUGGACUUCGCCCAAAGCUGGGCUGCCUGUGGCGAGGACACCCCACUCCCCCGCCCUUAGCUGUAAGUGCCUGGGGUCAUGGCCCGACCCCUCCUGGGCUGGGAGGGCCCUGCUCAGUGUCCUACAGGAGCUAGCGGUGGCACUUAUGGGAAAUCACCUGGCAGACAGUGUGGCUCAGUGCUUGUUCCAUACCAGUUGGUAGGGACAACCUUUGCCUGUCCCUACCCCUCCCUCCCUGGUAUUGAGGGGCCUCAUGUCUUUCAAGGGGCACCAGGUCCCUCUAGCUGACAGCUCCAAAACCCAGAGCCUCCCAGAGGCCAAGGGGCAGGGGCUGAGUGACCUAGUAGACAUGACCUCAGGGUUACACAGAUCACGGACCACCCACUCUCCCAGGUGCCCACCUCUCUCAGGCACAAGGCUCCACACUCAUCACAGCAGCUCACUAGGGGUGGGGGAUCGGCCAGGCCUGAGGUAGCCCCCCAGCAAGGAGUCCCUGGGGCAGGGCCAGCUCCCCACUUCCACCAGGAAGUGAGGAGGUUGAGUGACUUCUCCCACUGCCUGGACACACAGCUCAGGAACACGAUCAGGGAUGCUGGCUUCUUCUCAUUUAUUUUCCACUUGGUGCAAGGCACAUGGCUAUGGGGUGUUAGGCAGGCUUGCGUGUGGCUUGGGUAGUAAAGAGUGGGGCUCUCUCAA